AUGGGAAGUCAGGGCUCAGAAAACUCUCGCGGUGACACAUCAUCGUCAAGAAGAAUAUUAAAGAUGCAUACGAUUCCAACGGAAACGCCAGAACGUAAGACUAGGAGAUCUGAGACGCAACAGAGUUUUGAAACAGAUGAUGAAUUUCAGUUUAGACGACAUAGUGCGAAGAAGUCGCAAUUUGGGGACCGAUUGCAGGAAUUUCAGAACGUUAGGGAUGCUAGAAGGGUGGAAAAUUUCAACUCGUCUUUCCAGGCGGGAGCGGGGUCUCAGCUGCAAUCACAGCCGCCUUCGCGAGAGAAAGGGAUGGGAGGGGAGCCUAUAUCACAAGAGCAGCAGUUUCCACUGCCGUCUCAGCUGCCUCCUCAGGGUCAGAUGUUUCCGUACCCAGCUCAAAGCCAGUUGCAAUCACCUCACAGGAUGAUUCCAAUGCCAAUGGUUUACUAUUACCCAGCGACAGCACAACAACAACAACAGCAACAGCAGCAACAGCAACAGAGACAACAGUAUGCUAUUUCACCCCAGGAAUUGGGAAUCAAUUUUCAAGCAAUGAACCAGUUUAUGGAUUCUCAGUAUCAUGAACAACAACCGCAGCAUUAUUAUCCAAGUUUGAUGCCGGCCCCAUCCUUUUAUCCUCCACAAUCUGCAGAAGAAAAACUGCCGAAUUCAGUCUACCAAAACAGACCAUCAUUACCACCAGAAGAUGCUAGGGCGAAACGAAAAUCUUUUAUACUCCAAAGGGGACGAAGGCUCUCGUUGUUGAACCAAGAAAACCAGUUAAAUGAUAUAAUAUCCCCACACAAAGAUGUGCACGAGUCUGAAUUUUACAGGUAUAUGAAUAACUCUUUUGCGCAAGAUUUGAAGAUGAAACAGCUAAUGAACUGGUGUCUCAUACGAACUUUGAGGAAAACGGAACUUAAGAAUGCCCAGCUCGAAAAUAAAUCUGAAUCCAAAAAGAUUGCUCUAACUAUAUUGAAGGAUUUUGUACGAGAUAUUAGAAAGGGCAACCACGAUAUUGAUUGGGAGUCCGAAGGCCCAGAACAAGAGCCAGAUACAGAACGGGUGCUUGAAGAUGAGGCUGAAAUCAGUAACCUAUUCAAGGAUGACAACAAUGUCGUCGUAUCCCCAGAUUUCAAUUCAUCACCAACGAAAACAAGGACUGAGGUCGAACUUGAUACAGACGAGGAGGCAAAAACAAAACCAAAAACCAAGGGAAAGGGCGAAGUUUCUGUGAAAUUCGCCAGAAUACCCAAUGAGAAGAAUAUACAAAACAAAGAAAGUGUUAAAAUUUUGGAAAAAAAGAUCAAAACGAUCCAAGAAGAAGUGGAACAAUGGUCAAGAGACCUUUCAAAAGUAAAACUACCCCACUAUAAAUUACCGGAGCCACAGACUGCGGUUGUAAAACUACCGGACAACUUACAGCUCACUGCGACGUCAAAGGAAGCUGUCCACCUUGAUUUCCAAAAGCGUAUCGACGGAUUACAGGAAACCACACGCCUGUUGAGUGCCACCUCGAAGCUAUUGGAACAGACAGCUUCUAUGAAGCUCAAGAAACUCAACAACUGCAUGGUCAGCAAAACCUCAACAGACAAGACCAGCACCAAGACGCUUUUGCGUGGAUUAAGCAGAUCCUUACUCCAGUGA